AUGCCGGAGAAGCUACGCGUUUCCGAGGAUGUGCGCACGAAGCUUCGGAAUCUCCAGUCGCUUCUGCAGUGCGUGGCAUACUAUCGGCUGCCGAUGCAGUCUGAGCACACCAACAUCUUCGAGACGUGUUGGAGGGGAACAGCUGAGCCAUUUGCACCAGCACGCCGGCUCGACCUAGAUGAAGUGGCGAGCUUGGGGACAAGGCGGAAAGCCAAGCAGCUGGCUGCGAAUCCUUGUCAGCUAGACCCGCGUACAUUCAUUGGAUAUUCCCGCGUCCUCCUUCAGUUGGUGUUGCCUGCCGACAUUGCGGACAAGCUGGUGUACAUAAGUACGAACUGGCACGUGGACAACUACCAGGUCGUGAAAAGCGGAAGACCAGCUCUCCGGGAACCUGGUCAAAUCGCGGAGGAAUGGUCAGACACGGCUUUCACGCGGGCGUAUAGCCGGCUGAAGAACACUGACCUGGGCGAUACCUUCACAGCUCGAAUGCUGCUAAGCAGGUCUUCACUUCGAGAUGUGAGCAUCGUAGCACACAGCCCAGUCUUUGCGGAUGAAGCCCUGAU